CUGCCCGAGCGCCCAGAGGGGGAGAGCUCGAGGAGGGAGAGGCCGGAGCUGAGGGCGCAGCUGUUUGGAACCAUGACUGAAGAUGACGGAUUCGGUGGUGGUGGAGGGUCAGGUCAAAUUGAGAGAUGGAAAAAAGUGGAAAACUAGGUGGCUGGUGUUGCGCAAGCCCUCCCCGGUAGCAGACUGCCUGUUGAUGUUGGUGUACAAGGACAAAUCUGAGAGAGCCAAGGGUUACAAGGAGAGGAGCAGUGUGACUCUGGAGGACAUCUGUGGCCUUGAUCCUGGUCUCCCCUACGAGGGAUUGACUCAUACUCUAGCCAUCAUUUGCCUGUCCCAGGCUGUGAUGCUGGGUUUUGAAAACAAGGACACAAUGUAUGCCUGGGAUAUCCGAAUCCGUUACUCUUUGGGGGAAGUCCACAGGUUUCAUGUGGCUGUGGCACCGGGCACCAAGCUAGAAAGUGGACUGGCUACCCUUCAUCUCUGCAAUGAUAUUCUGGUGCUGGCUAAAGACAUUCCUCCCACUGUCAUGGGUCAGUGGAAGUUGUCGGAUCUGCGGCGUUAUGGGGCCGUGCCAAAUGGCUUCAUCUUCGAAGGCGGGACCAGGUGUGGGUACUGGGCUGGUGUCUUUUUCCUUUCUUGUGCUGAAGGGGAGCAGAUCAGCUUUCUUUUCGACUGUAUCGUCCGGGGCAUCUCCCCCACAAAAGGCCCCUUUGGCCUGCGUCCCGUCCUCCCAGAUCCAAAUACAAACCCAUCAUCCAUGGAAGAGAGAGUGGCCCAUGAAGCUCUACAGUUAGAGAAGAGGCUCAGCCUUCUUUCACAUUCGGGUCGUCCUGGAAGUGGAGGAGAUGACCGGAGUUUGUCCAGCUCUUCGUCAGACACCAGCCACUCAGACGCCAGUGCUGGGAGCCGGCUCACUCUCUGGCCCGAGCAGUCCUCGGCCAGCACCUCCCAGGAGAGUCAUGGGCCGGCAGCUGCAAAAUCUCUCCACCUUGGGGAAGACAAGGCCCGUGCGGAGGCUGCUCAUGGUGCCACCAAGCCACUGCCCAAACCUCUCCGGUCCAGACAGCUCCAGGAGAUUGGCCGCCAGAGUUCUUCUGACAGCGGAAUAGCCACGGGCAGUCAUUCUUCCUACUCUGGCAGCUUCUCCUCCUAUGCUGGGAGCCUGGACAUCUGCCAUGGUGAUGAGUUUGGUUCUCUGCUCAGCUUGCCAUUGAACUUUGCUUCAGAACAGAGUUUGUGCACUUGCCAACCCAGUGAGCCUCACAGGGUCCCAGAGUAUCAGGUGCCCAGCUCUUUCCGACAUCUCUACGACACACCCAGGAGUAUAUUGCAAACAGCUUCGAAGGACGUUCAGCAGGGUGGUGGUGUGGAUUCCAAGGACCAGGCCCCGGGCCCUCAACAGGCCAGCGAUCCCAAAGCAACACCAGCCCCACUCUCAGAGGCAGGAGCUGCCUCUGAGCCUGACCAAGACUUGGGGGGCCCUACCGCCUCUCUUGCUGAAGGCACCAAAGACUUGGGUGAUGAGACUUAUGCAGAUUUUCUUUCCAGGUGGUCAGGCAUCAAACCUCCAGGACAGGUGUUAGAAUCCCAAAGUAGUGAGUCGGUUUCACCUAGUGGAAUGUCCGCUGAGCCUUGUGAAAUGUGUAGCCCCCGCCCCGGGGCUCCGAGAGCUUUCUUUACAUCAUGCCCAGUCUGUGGUGGACUCAAGGGAGCAGCUCUUUUUCCUCUGAGAAUCUUCCCAGCACCCUCAGGAGAAAGAUCACGCAGUGAGACUCCUACCUAUGUGAAUAUUCCUGUCAGUCCCACUUCCAAGAAGCAGCUUCACUACAUGGAAUUGGAGCUUCAGGAACCUGGUCCGGGAAUAAGAGGGGCUGGAGCCAGCCGGUAUGCCCAGAUUGACAUCACUGCCACGGAGACGGCGCACAAAGUGGGCGCUCAGCACGCACAAACCCGCGAAGAGCGUCUGCAGGAGCUAGAGCAGAAGUCAAAGGGGGCCCAUCAGUGACCAGCCCGUGGAGAGCCAGCCUUGCUGGGCCAGGGCGCUUCUGGGCCAGCUCUACGUUCUCACCUCCAGGGCUUGCCUCCUUCAGGUCCAGCUGCAGCACCUUGCUGUCACAUCAGGUGCCUCCUGGAGACCUCAU